GAUUCUGGUACUCAUUUGUGUGUAAUUGAUGACUCUAAUGAGCACAUGCUCACUGUAUGGGAUUGGCAGAGGAAAUCAAAAAUAGCAGAAAUAAAGACUACAAAUGAAGUUGUUCUUGCUGUAGAAUUCCAUCCAACUGAUGCAAAUACCAUAAUAACAUGUGGCAAAUCUCAUAUAUUUUUCUGGACCUGGAGUGGCAAUUCAUUAUCAAGGAAGCAAGGGAUAUUUGGGAAAUAUGAAAAACCCAAAUUUGUUCAGUGUUUGGCUUUUUUGGGAAAUGGUGAUGUGCUCACUGGAGACUCAGGUGGGAUAAUACUUAUAUGGGGCAAAACUACUGUAGAAUCUACUCCAGGAAAAGGACCUAAAGGAGUAUAUCAGAUAAGCAGACAAAUCAAAGCUCAUGAUGGGAGUGUGUUCACGCUCUGUCAAAUGAGGAAUGGGAUGCUGCUAACUGGAGGUGGGAAGGACCGAAAGAUCAUCCUGUGGGAUCAUGAUUUGAAUCCCGAAAGGGAAAUUGAGGUUCCUGACCAGUAUGGAACAAUCAGAGCAGUAGCAGAAGGAAAAGCAGAUCAAUUUUUAGUGGGUACUUCACGAAACUUUGUUUUGCGGGGAACGUUUAACGAUGGUUUCCUGGUAGAGGUACAGGGACAUACAGAUGAACUCUGGGGAUUGGCAUCCCAUCCUUUCAAAGACUUAUUUUUAACAUGCGCCCAAGAUAGGCAAGUUUGUAUGUGGAACUCUGUGGACCACACACUGGAAUGGACCAGGCUGCUAGAUGAACCGGGGCACUGUGCUGAUUUCCAUCCCAGUGGAGCAGUGGUCGCGAUAGGAACACACUCGGGCAGGUGGUUUGUUUUGGAUGCGGAAACAAGGGAUCUGGUUUCAAUACACACUGAUGGCAAUGAACAGCUCUCAGUGAUGCGCUACUCAGUAGAUGGCACCUUACUUGCAGUUGGAUCCCAUGACAACUUUAUUUACCUCUACGUAGUAACAGAAAAUGGAAGAAAGUAUAGCAGAUACGGAAAAUGCACUGGACAUUCCAGCUAUAUUACACACCUUGACUGGUCCCCAGACAACAAGUAUAUAAUGUCAAACUCAGGAGACUAUGAAAUACUAUACUGGGACAUUCCAAGUGGCUGUAAGCUAAUCAGGAAUCGUUCUGACUGUAAGGAUAUAGAUUGGACGACAUACACUUGUGUGCUAGGCUUCCAGGUGUUUGGAGUUUGGCCUGAAGGAUCAGAUGGGACAGACAUAAAUGCCCUUGUCAGAUCCCAUAACCGAAAAGUGAUAGCAGUUGCUGAUGAUUUUUGUAAGGUCCAUCUCUUUCAGUAUCCCUGUUCCAAGCCAAAGGCUCCAAGUCACAAAUACAGCGCUCACAGUAGUCAUGUGACAAAUGUCAGCUUCACCCAUAGCGAUGGUCACUUGAUUUCAACUGGAGGGAAAGACAUGAGUAUUAUUCAAUGGAAACUUGUGGAGAAGGUAACUCUACCACAAAAUGACAUUGUCGUAGACGUUGGUGCAACCAAAGUGCCCAUCCCUGCUAGGGAAAAUGCUGUACAGUCUCCUGCACCUCUCCCACAACCUUUUAAUGAAAUGAACCAAAACGAAAGCGUAACUGGCAGCUCUCCAGCUUCUUUGGAGAGCAACUUGGAGCAGUCUGCGGAGGCCAGUGAAGAGCAAAGCGAGGAGCAAAGCGAGGGGAGCAGCCUGGAUCCCGCUGAGGCAGGCUACGAGGAGCCUUCCAACGAGACGAGCGAGGAGCACAGCGAGUCCACGGUUACUGAAGAGCAGCCAGAUAACUCACCUGUGUCUUAACGCUCCCAGCUCAGGCAGUUGUUAUUUUCCCUUGGUGUGCGUGCUUUCGUUACAGGGUGAGGGUUCAAAUAGGGAAAAGUAGCUGAGAUUCAUGACCACUCCAGCUUUUGAGUUUCAGUGAGAUUUUUAGUCUGAGCUUCAGUUCAAUGUGUGGAACCAUCCCAAGGGCCUGGCUUGAUGAUCUGUGUCAAGAUCUGGUCACAGUUAGUAGUGGACAUUACCAUAGAUCCAUUUCAGUUCUGAAAUCGCUGUCAGGAUGUGGCAUGAAAUAUAUACUGGAAAAAAGGUUAGCUCUGAGAAUUAGCUGAAGUAGACCACCUUAACUAUGUGAAAGUGCUUUCUGAAAGAACUAAGCUGGUGGGAAGCGCUGAGCUGUUCCAGCUGGGGAGUACUGUGCUGCUUUUUCCAGGUGUGAAGACAAACAAAACAAACAACGAACCAAAAAAGGUCUUUGUAGGGCUGUUUUCCUUUUUUUUUUCUUAAUGAGAAAAAUAGAGGAAAAACAAUAUAGCGAUGCCACGUGUAUGGCGAUGCCUUCUUGAUCUAACGUGUAUGCAAUUUUCUAACACUACUAAUUCCUAGUGGAGUUUGGAUGUGCUUGCAGUUGGUCUGCCCUGGGUGCUGCUAGUUCUAAGGCAAAUCCUGUCGAGGAACGGUGUUGGCUGUUCCAUUUUCACAAAUUAUUUAAUGACUAACCAAAUACUGGCAUGUUUCACUUUUCAUGACCUGAAAGUUGAUUUGAACUGUAGGACGUAAUUGUCUCUUCAAAGAAUUGCUUGCCUAGAGUUUGAAACUUAAGAGAGUCUUUACAGUGACUUUGAUGUGAACAGCAGAGAAAGCAUGGCAAGAACACAGAAGUCAGAUGGGCUCCAGAGUUAAACUUUAAGCCUUCAAGCAGAACUUGCUCCAUCCCUAGUAGGAGAAAUAUAAAUACAGUUAACUUAAAUUAUUAAAUUGGUGCUUAGGAUUAGUAUAUUAAGUUGAUAAUUUUUUCUUCUGAAUUUUUAGAGGUAACUCUAAGAAUCAUUAAACUGCAGUCUCUAUUUCCCCCCCUCCCCAGCUCCUUUAGCAGUUGUGAUAUAAGCAUACAGUAAUUUAGAUGAUGAUGUGAUUUUUUUUUUUUUUCCUAGACUUGCUGAUCUAUUAUUUUUGUGAUUUUUGUUUCCACCCCACCCCUUCCCGGGUUGCUCUAAGCCAUGCAGCUCUCAUGUGGCUAUACCUGGCCAGUUACGGGAUAUCUUGGCAUUUGUUAUGCAUUUGGAAAGUACUUUUUUUAUGAAGUUUGUCAGAUAGCUACAUUUUUUUUCUGAAGCGCAUAUGUUUCCUACUUUAAAAAGAUACAGAUUUACUGACAGAUAUCCAUUUCCUAUGUACUUGUUUAUAUUUUGAUUACAUAGAAUUUUCUUUUUUAACUUGCUGCAUUGUGCUGGUAUUUUAGUUCUUAGUUAGAAUAUCAUGUUUAGAAACUUUGGAUGAGUUCAUAAGUCUUAAUUGUGCAAGCGUUUACGUGAUUGUGCCAUUCCAAAGUGCAUCAAAACUGUCAUUCCCUUACUAGUAUCUUCUCAGGAGAAAUGCUACAGAUCAGGUAUUUAGUCAUCAUUUGGAAAGAUAAAAACAAAUGGACUCCCAAAGGACAUUUAGAACAUUUAUAUAUAAAAU